AUGGCCAACCCCGCAUAUUUUGAUAGUGUCACCUCCAUAUCGUAUUUUAAAAAUCGAUUCAUCACCGAGGGAGGGAAGCUUUUCUCGGAAAUUUCCAACGUUGCCGCGAGUGCAUGGUGCCGUGAUCAUUUGUUCGCCUGUCAGGUGAUACGGCGGGACACUCAGUACGACAUGAGAUCUUUCCCCGAUAUUCAUGCAUUCUUGAAGGGGCCUGACUCGACAUACAGCUCUCAAAGCGAGCACGGUCUCGUUCGUGAUUCUGGUUAUAGCCUAUCUCUUGCACAAAUCUGGGCUGCAAUGGCAAUGAUCAAAGCUGGAAAGAAUCUUCGCAUGGACAACUCCGAGGACUUUUCGGUAUAUGAAAGUGACGACGAACCUGAUUCAAGAGCCAAACGUCUCCGACGAAACACGUUACAAGAAGGAUACGUCGACUCGAGUGUACUUCAAGUUGGCUCAAGCAGCCCCAAGGCCGAAAGCAUCCACACCGCUUCUUCGCUUGACUGGGUUGACAGAGCCACUCAUAUACUUUUGUCAUCGCCGGAAGACGAGACUCUGCGACUUGCCUCUUGUGUCAUUCGGCAUAUUUUGUACUACGCUCCACCUCAGGAUACUGGGGGUCUUGAGACGGUUAUUGAAUUUCGCGAUGCUAAAAGAAGGCUCACUGCAAUUACACCAGUAUUGAGACGAAAGAUAGUCGCUAUUGACGACGGAGGCCUUUACCGACGGAAAGCAAAUGGAAACAUCUUCACGGUCGAUAAAGAGCGUGUCGCUAUUGUUGAAGCUAAGAGAGAAUUUCAGUGUCUGGAAAAUGGUAGACCCACUAUUUCAGACAAUUGUCUCGCACAAAUGACGCGCGAGGCUCUAGUAUCAAGAUUGGCCGAUCCAUUCACCGAAUUAGGUGAAGGCAGGUAA